AUGUAUAAUAUAAACAAAAGGACGUGGAGACUUCUAUUGGGCCUACUAGUCACUGUAGUUCUGCUUUACAUAGUCCAACGUCAGACUACCACUAGAUUUUCAAAAGGAGCAACAACAGCUCAAAUAGAGAUAGUCAAUGAUGUAGCAGAUAAGAAUGCAUUUGUCACUUUUCUCUGCGAUGACGUGAUGGGAGAAGCUACUGAGGUCCUUGUUUAUUCAUUAAAAAAAACCAAUACCCAGCAUGACAUUGUGGUUCUAGUCCUCGAUGAGGUUACACCUAUUGUACGACAAAGGCUGGAACAUUUGGGCGCUAAAAUUAUUAAUGUCAAUCAAAUCAAAUAUCCAUGGGACUCGAGUUCGGCCAGAAGAAAGGGGUUCAAUAAAGCUUGUAGAUACUCAAAAUUAAAUCUUUGGAGCUUGACGCAAUAUAAAAAGGUUGUAUUUUUAGAUGCAGAUACAAUGGUGCUAAGGCCUAUCGACGAUCUCUUUGAUUACCCACAGUUUUCAGCCGCCGUAGAUAUCGGAGGCGUCUUGAACACGGGAGUCUUUGUUGCCGAACCUAAUGAGGAGACCUUUAAAGAUAUCAUGGGCACUUAUGAAGAUGCGCCUAGCUAUAAUAGAGGGGAUCAGGGAUUUCUGAAUUAUUACUUUAAUCAAUCAGUCAACUUCUUACCCGGCUAUUACAAUUUAAUGGUCAAGUUUACACAUUUUUCGACACUUGCUUCCAGUUAUAUUUCUAAAAACACAGCAAGAGUAUUGCACUUUACAAGCGAAACGAAGCCUUGGAAUUUUUAUUUUUUACAUCAACGGGAGUGGAGAGAGAAUUAUGACGGAUAUUUAUUUGGUUUGUGGACAAGAGCUCUCAGAGAGGCAAAGGCAGAGUUAGAAAAAGAUGGCCUAUGGUCUGAAGAAGAAAGCUUGAUCAUCAAAAAUCAACCAGCUGUCAUCAAAAACAAGGGACGUGCACAGGCCAUCUGUGACACUCGACUUAAGCGAACUUAUGGACGCCGAUAUCCCAAAGUGGCUCAAUUUUCGCUUAUCUUGAAUGUGAACCCUCAGACGACAAGACGAGAACAAGUCGAAGCCUUAUUACGUACCUAUGCUCGUUCUCCCAAGGUGGCUCAGAUUUACAUUCACGGCAAUACAGUAGACGAUAGAUUGUCGGCAAGUUAUCUUCGUCAGCUACAUCUUGGAAAAUCAGUUCGACUUGUGCCUGAAUCCGAAUACAAUACAUCCAACACUCGAUAUAAUCCUAUUCAAAGCAUUACAACCGAGGGUGUGUUUAUUACAGAUGCGGAUGCGUUUAUAUCAGUAGAAGAUCUCGAAUUUGGCUUCUCUGUUUGGAGGAAGCACACAGAUUCGAUUGUCGGAUAUUCCUCAGACAAACAUGAGGAACAAAAAGGAUACAGCAUGAUUCGACCUGAUGCCAUGUUUAUGAAAUCAGAUUAUUUGUAUGGCUAUACAUGCCUAUUACCAGAACAGAUUCAUCAUUACAUUGAUUAUCAUCCCACUUGCCAUUAUAUUGCUAUCAACAUGCUCGCAAGUGGUAUGACAGGAACCCCGCCAUUACUGGUGGAUGCACCUUCAUUCAAAACAGCAUCAAACACAAUACAACCAACCGAUAGAAUAGAUUGUAUCAAUGACCUUUCAUUCAUGUUUAACAACAAGAACCCCCUUGUAUUUAAUGAUGAAGUGAUAUCUAAAAUGUAA